GAUUCUCCACCCCCAAUGCAUCAUCAUCAUCACCGCGAACCGCGUCUGCCAUGUUUCAUACCUUCGUCGAGAAAGAGGCUGCAGCUACUGCACAGAGGCUAUUCCUUACGUCUCCCCUUUUUUAAGCUAUCAUAAUGUUGACGCUGUGAAUGUUAAAUGCAGCCCCCAGUUUUAUAGACCUUAAGCAGACGGGUUUCGCAACAUGGCGACCGACGCUCAGGAUUUCGACUUUGAUGAGUAUGACAAACCAGGUGCUGAGCGGUCCCGCAGAAGAAGAGGUGAAGAUGAUGGUCUAGAGAGCGAUUUGGAAGAGGAUCUGUUGGAGGAGGACUGGCUGUCUGCUAAAAAGAAUCCCUCGGAAGUGUCAGACGAGGAGUUGAACGAUGACCUUCUUCAAAGUGAUGAUGAAGACCUGAAUAUGAGUAUGGGUGCUUCCUAUAACCAGCAGGGCAACUCGCUGCAAGCAGACUACACAGAUGAUGUCGUGAACCUGGGUGCAGAGGGCUGUGAAGAGGAGGAGGCGGGGGGGUACCAUCAGGAGGGGCAAGAGGCGUAUGCAGAAUACGGCACAGAGAUGUCUGAGGGCCAAAUUGAUUACACCGGAGAGCCAGCUGAGGGCGACGACGGCUACCAGUACGAAGUGCUCGACAUCCAAAUCAGCGAGCCCUUAGAUGGUGAAUUUCAAACUGAGGAAUUUCAAAGAUCCAACGGCGAUGAACUUCUGGAUGAGGCUCAAACUAAUCAGGGGGAAGAUGCUGCUGAGGCUGAAGGAGUAGAGCAGCAAGAAGAAGAACGCACUACAGAGGAGCCUCAAGCCUAUGAGAUGGAGGAGGCUGAAAAGGAGACCCUUGGUGAUGAACAACCACAGGAGGAAUCUGAUGAAGAAGAGGACGAAGGCGAAGAAUCUGGCCGAAUACGGUUCAAAUCUGAGAGGAAGGAAGGCGCCGUAGUGCGACUUGCCGAUGCUGGCAGUAAAAGACGGAACAUUCCUGAAACUCUAGAGCUUUCAGAUAAGGCCAAGAGGGAUUUGAUGGAGUUCGAGGAACAGGAGCGGCAGAAGAGACAGAACCGUCACGGAGGCCGUGGCAGAGGAGUGGGGAUGGGAGGAGGAGGAGGAGGAGGGCGAGGAGGCAGAGGAAGAGGAGGUUUCCCUGGCUUUGGAAUGGCGGAUUUUAGAGGACAGAGAAGGAAAAUGCAUGGCCAAAUGCUCCCCCUGAUGGGAAACAUGAACAUACAGCCGUCCUCCCGAAUGCCUUCUCCGCAUCCGCAGCAUCUUCAGGCCCAUCAGCACCACCCGUCGCGUCCAAGGGGGCCGCCUCCCUUCCAGGACCACGGGCGCCACCUUCCCCAGCAGCCUCUUCAGCCCCUGAUCCCCCCGCACAUGGCUCACCGCUCUCCGCCGCUGCGACCCCAGAUGGAACAACCGCCGCCUCGGAUGAUGAGUUCCCCGCCGCCCAGUUUCCCUCAGCAUCAGCAUCACCAGCAGCAGCAGCCCCCUCAGCCCAAAAACAUCCACAUUAACCCCCACUUCAGAGGACCCGCGCAGUCCUCCGUACAAGUGCCCUUGAUGCCUCCUGCUCAGAGCCAGUCCAGACCUGCUGUGGGUCCUCCGAGGUUUCCUGGCCUGGGAGACUUCCAGCAGCAGCACAUGCCGGGUAAUUUUGGUCCACCCCAGCGACCGCCUCAUCACAUGGAGCCCCUAAGGAACCAGCCACCUCAAGGCCCCCAGGACAGAGAGCCCCUCUUUAUGGGAGAGUGCGGAGAAGCGUCACGGUUUCCAGGGCAGCACAUGUUCGAUCACCCGGGGCCUGGCUCUUUGAUGAACAGCGGCAACAACAACAACCACCACCACCACCAGCAGCAGCAGCAGCAGCUGCCCGGCCAGGGCCACAUGGGCUUCGGCCCACCUGGACCACCCUUCAACCAGCCGGGCCAGGGCCCGUUAGGACUGUUUCAGAGAGAACCCCCAAGACCCAACCUCCCUCCCCACCAAGGCCACCAGGGGAUGGCGAACUUGAAUCAGCAAGGCCAGCCCCGACCUUUCAUGAGCCCUCGGCAGCCGUUCGGCCAGCAGGGCAACAUGUUCCCCCCUCCGCCGGUUCAGUUUGGGAUGCAGGUACGAGCAAGAGGCUUGAUGCACGGCCCCCCCGUCUCCCAGCUGCCACAUCACGACUCCUUAUCACCCCAUCCCAUGCACCAGCAGCAGCAGCAACACCACCACCAUAGACAAGAGAUGCCCCAUCAGCAGCACCAACAGAUAAAUCUCAAUGAGCCUCGCCCCAUGACACAUCAUGGCCAAAAUCCUUUCCAUCAGCAGCAGCAGGGGCACGGCGGCCCCAGGCACAUGAAUCCCCGUUCUCAGAACCCCCAACAGAGGAACAUGUCAAACAGGCCGCGGAUGAACACGCCCAUCUCCAAACAAAUGCAGCUCCGCAACAGCAACCUACGGGAGCUCCCUGUAGCACCUGGUAACACAAACACGAACAGCUCCUCCCCCGCUGCCAACAUCAAGCCCGUCGCCAGGACAACGCCGGGGACGCGUCCGGGGCAGAGCGCUCAGCCGGCAUAUGCCGGUGGCAGAGGAAGAGGCCAAGCUGUGAAGGCCGAAGCACAGGCUGGGGAUGCAGGCAGGGUGGCGACUCAACAACAGGAAACUCCAAAUGCGCCGUCCAGCUCAACACCACAGGACCCAGACGAAGACGAGGAAACGCGCCAGUACCGUCUGAAGAUCGAGGAGCAGAAGCGUCUGAGGGAGGAGAUUCUGAGGAGGAAGGAGCUGCGGCGGCAGAUGCAGGCCGGUGUCCGAAAGAAGGAGCUGCUCGAGAGACUCAACGCUCAUACGAACACUCCAAACCAAGACUCUGUUCCUACACAGACUCAGCCUUCCCUAGCGAAUCCACAGAAACAACACCCUGCGCCGCAGCAGGUGGUGCCGCAGCAGCCCGAGCCCAAACCGCUGGCCCACCAGCAGAGGCAGGUUCCUCAGAGACCGUCAGUAAAUCACACGUUAACCGAGCCUCAUCAGGACGGCGCCGUGCCUCCGAGCGGUGCCGCUCAGCUCCCCGCGACACGUCCCAACGUCAAGUCCCGCCUCCAGAUGGUCAAAGGGGGCCCGCAGGAGCAGCAGACCCCCGGCGCAGGCCCCCAACAGAAUCAGCCGCAGCAGCCGCCGCUUCUGCAGCAGAGGAGGAACAACGCUUUGCAGAGCGUAAACCGACCCGACGCCCAGGUUCCCCAGAAGGCCUCGCCUCCUUCGCCGAGGCAAGGCCCAGCUCAGACUCUAGCGCCGAAACCCGGGGCUAAGAGGACCGUGAUGCAGCGGCUCAAGAAUCCUGGCGCCGAGGCGCAGCAGGUGCCGCAGAAAGUCAGAGUUGUCAAACUUUCCGGACCGAGCGGGAGGGGGCCCGAGGCAAGCGGCGGCGGCGGCGGCCCAGAGCCGGAGCCGGGCGCCUGGCCAGCAUCGCCGCUCAACCAGGGCGUCCAGAGGAAGGUGACCAUGACGGGACAGCAGCAAGCGGGACCAGGUGGAACGCCGCAGGCUAGCCGCGGGGGCUUUGGAGACGCACAGCAGAACAGGGUCGUGGUGUCGGGCCGGGGUCGAGGUAGAGGGGCCGGUCAGAUGGGCCGGGGUCUUCCACUGCCUACCAGGCAGAGCCAGAGGGGCCCGGAUAAAGCUCACUGCACCGUGUGCAUCGAGGGCCUGUCCACGUCCACGACCGAGCUGCAGCUGAAGAACCUCCUCAUGUCCAUCGGCCCUGUGGAGAUGUUUAAAAUGAUGCCCCAGCAGAGAAAAGCCAUCGCCAAGUUUUCCAGCCCCCAGCACGCGGCCAGUUUCCAAAUGAGCUUCCAUAGGCACAUGAUUGAUUUGUCCCACAUUGACGUGUCGCUGAUUGAUGGAUGAGGAGCACAACGGACCGCCCCCUCCCUCCCUCUCUCCUCCCGGGAGCCUCUCUGUCCUGGGAGUCUCUCGCGCAUGGCUCUGCUCUACACCGGCAUCGUCUCCUCGCAGAUUCGGUCGCCCACCUACCCUCCGGCGCGGACAAGUGGACACAAAGACACUAGCUGUGUGCAUGCAUGUGUUUUGACUUUGCCUGCUUGAGUGGCUGUAGUUGUAAAAUAGCUUCUUUUUUUUUUUUGAAGAGACACUAAACGCUGAAUCCUCCCUCUGAUGUUGGUGACAUUAAUUUUUUUUCCCGCAUUUUAAAAAGGACGCUGGUAAAAUCCAUCAUGGGAUAAUGGUUGCCUCCCUCCUCAUUUAGUUGUUUAUGGUAAACCCAAAAGGACAGUCGAUUUGCUGUUCACUUUGGACCACUUCAUUUUCUGCUCAAGUUUCAUGAAGGGAGAAGUUGGAGCAGAGUUUUUGCUGUCUUUCUGACCGCCUCUCUCUAGGUGGCAGUGUUUUAUCUCAAUGUUUUGUUGCUUUCAGGAUAAGCCUGCUCUCUGAUUGUUUUUUUCUGGGGGAGUUGGAGGGAUCAAUGGCGCCAUCUAGUGGGGAUUUGGCAUGCAGGCCGAGAAAAAGGAGGCCUGGAUGGGCAGAUUGGAUCGAGGUCGUCACAGUUUACAUUUCUGAAUACCAGGCACUUUGUGGAGCUUGUAAAUGCUGACUUCUGGAUUUGAGGUUGAAAUAAUUUGUUUGGUCAUUUUCUGUCGCUUUUUUAGUUCGAAGAUAAGUUGGUCUUUUAGCUGUUGACUGGAACGCAAAUCUUAUUUUGUUGACAUGCGGUUUGGUUGUUUGUCAGAUUAUGUGCUUGGUGAAAAUAAAGGGUCCAGGGCUGUGCCUAAAAUAGAUUAUUAUUAUUAUUAUUAUUAUUAUUAUUACUAUUAUUAAAGCAGCUUGAUGUCCUACAGUUGGCCAGUACCAUAUUUAGAAGAUUAAUCAGAUGAAUUUCUCGUUUAUUUUGUUAAAGCCAGAGAACGGUUCUAAUAGUUUGGAAGUGAUCUGGUAGGUCGGUGCCGUACAACUGAGCAGGUUGUCUCUGCCUGCUUUUAGUCAGAGAAAUUAACUUAAUUGCAAACCUUCUUUUUAAUUUAACAUAACCCCCAAACACUCGUCUGAACAUACUGAAAUAGGAGUUCGGCUAAAACCGUUUGAGAAAUGAACCCAUAUUUUCUCCACUGCUUCUUAUAUCCCUUUAUAUUUUCCAACGCUUUUCUGUGUUUUUAUGAAGAUAUGAAUUAAAUCAGUGAAAGCGGAAGAUUCUCAUCGUUUUAUGUAACGUUUCAGUCGACUCAAGGAGAACGGAUUUUCGCCCAGGCUCAUCCCAUCCCCCCUCCUCUUUUUCCCUCCACUACACUUUUCUUUUCAUGUAUUCCACAAAAAAUGGCUCCAACGUUGUUUAUUGGUGAAGUAAACGUACAGAUCAAAUAAUAUUAAAUGUUGAGGGGGCAACCAUUAUAUGUGUAGCGGUCAUGUAUGUAAGUAGACCAGACGUGUCGCUCAUUAGUUAUCCUUUUGGCUUUUCCUUUUUCCUUUCCCUUUGUUUAGUCAUGUUGUAACAAGAGAGUUUUUUAUAUGUAAAGGCUAAGAUGAUUUGUCCAGAGAGAAACCCCUUUUUUUUUUUCUUUUUUUUUUUUUCUUACAAGCGUUGUGUUUCUAUUCUAGAGUCGGAUUGAGAAACGACUACUGGACCACGUUUCUGUUUGAGUAGAACAAUAACAAAAACAACAACAAAAAAAAAGGUUUCAAGAAAAACAAGAAAAAUGCUAAUAAAAAAAUGGCCAAUAUACCGUAAACAUGCUGGUAUGUGAAGCCGGUGAAACUUUAGCUCAAAGACGUGUGCUUGGUUAUGUGUGAUGUUCCUGUGUCUCUAGACCGACGUCUCUUUAUGUGUGUGUGCCACGUUUUAAUCUUUUGUACUUCACAGAAGCUGUAAGUUUGUGGGUAUUCGCCACCGUACCGUACAUAUUUAUGGAAGCAUUUGCUACUUCAGUAUUAAACUAUUUUUUAAAAAAAA